AUGGCCACAGAAGAUUUCAGCUUCCCCAUAAUCGGAGACAAUUUCCCAUGUAGCAUUGAUUCUCCACCUUUGUGGCAUCUCUCUCCUGCAGCCUCUGCAAAUUCCUGCCAUGAAGAAAACAAUGAAGAAGAGGAAGAGGAAGAGGAAGAUUGUUUUGCUCCAAAACCAAGACAGAAUACUCAAAGAAGAAGCUUUUCAUGUGUAGAGGGAGGCGGAAAAUUGAAGGAUGAUGAGAAGGAAGAUGAUGAUGAUGAAGAGGAAAAGAUGGACAUGUUGUGGGAAGAUUUCAAUCAUGAAGAGCGGAUGUGUAGAAUUACUUCAUGUAGUUCAAGAUCUGAUGCGUCUUCUUCGAGAGAUAAUAUGGUGGAAUUCGGAUGUGUUAAGGCAAUGGCAGCAACGCCCAAAAAUCCAAACACUGCGCUUUCGACAAGGAAGCCAGGUGUGUUGGUGAUGAUGAAGGUCUUGAAGAAGCUUUUCUUGCUCCAAAAUUCUCAUCGGAAGCUCAAAAGAAGAGGGCCACACAGUCAUCAAUGA